GAUGUACUGGAAAAUGAAAAGAUAAGUUUAGAUUGGAUGUUUAGAUAUUCCAUAAUGCAAGAUAUAGUAAGGGUAAGUGUGAUAUCGAUAUGUAACGGUACUCGUGUAGGAUAUAGUAAGGGAUAUAGUAAGGGUAAGAGUGAUAUUGUGAUGUUACGAUAUUUUAUUAUGCAGGAUAUAGUAAGGGUAAGUGUGAUAUCGAUAUAUAACGGUACUCGUGUAGGAUAUAGUAAGGGAUAUAGUAAGGGUAAGUGUGAUAUCGUGAUGUUACGAUAUUUUAUUAUGCAGGAUAUAGUAAGGGUAAGUGUGAUAUCGAUAUGUAACGGUACUCGUGUAGGAUAUAGUAAGGGAUAUAGUAAGGGUAAGUGUGAUAUCGUGAUGUUACGAUAUUUUAUUAUGCAGGAUAUAGUAAGGGGAAUGAUUUAUCUGCAUGCCAGUGAAAUACGUUGCCAUGGGAACCUUAAAAGCACAAAUUGCGUUGUUGAUAGUCGUUUUGUGGUUAAAAUAACAGAUUUUGGCUUACGGCACUUCCGAGAAGAUAACAUGGCAUCAAUCGACGAAUUAGAUAAUACUAAUUCAUCUAGUCGAUGUAUGUAUUACAUUAUUUAG